AUGAUGAAGCUGUCCGCAACGCUGCGUAAAGCGACCGUCGACGAGCUGGCCGAGAUGCUGGCGCAGAAGGAGAAAGAGAAUAAACCCGACCUUGACGUGAAAGAGGAAAAAGGAGAAGCUGCAGAAACGGACGUGGUGAAGGAGGAAAAUCUGAAGUCCCUGGCCUCACCGAGCUCCAUCUUCCCAUCUCAUGCUCAGCCCCGAGUACGUGCCCCCGUAAAUAGUUGUGCCCCGGAAAUGGAUCUCCGGAAAUCCGUCACAAUCCUCUUUGCACACGACGCG